CGUUACUGCGCGCGCAUUGGCUGGCGGAAAAAGGCACACGUGGGUCAGGGUAAACAACACGCAAGCGCGCCCCCGUGCGUGUCCGGUUAGCGGAACCUCGGUAAAGGCUCGCGGACUUUACUGCUGCAGAGACACGGCGGGACAAUGUUGCUCAGAAAGCUGGUUGUUUGUGUAUUCCUGCUAGUGCUUGGCCCCCAUGUGUGUGUGGGCUAUGUAUUCCAGGCUGUACAGUCAACAGGAGAAAAGGAGGAGAUACACUCUCAACCUAAAAUAUCUAAAUGGGAAAGCACAGCUGGAUCUUGUAAAGGGCGGUGCUUUGAGCUGGUAGAGGCGGAGCCUCCUGGGUGCAGGUGUGAUAAUCUGUGUAAGACGUACUAUAGCUGCUGCACUGACUUUGAUAAGCAUUGCCUUAAAACUGCUGGAGGUUUUGAGUGUACUCCGGAGCGGUGUGGAGAGAGCCGAAAUGAGGACUAUGCAUGCCAGUGUUCAGAGGACUGUUUGGAGAAGGGAGACUGCUGCACCAACUACAAAGCUCUCUGCAAAGGUGAGAGUCAGUGGGUGGAUGGAGACUGUGAGGAGAUUAAAGCCCCAGAAUGUCCUGCAGGAUUUGUGCGUCCUCCUCUCUUCAUCAUCUCUCUGGACGGAUUCCGUGCCUCCUACAUUAAGAAAGGAAAACCUGUCAUUCCCACCAUCCAUAAACUGAGAACAUGUGGCACACGCUCUCCUCAUAUGAGACCAGUGUACCCUUCGAAAACAUUUCCCAACCUGUACACACUCGCCACGGGGCUGUACCCGGAGUCUCACGGCAUUGUGUGUAACUCCAUGUACGACCCAGUGUUUGAUGCGAACUUCAAUCUGCGUGGGAGAGAGAAGCUCAAUCAUCGCUGGUGGGGUGGGCAACCUAUCUGGAUAACAGCAGAGAAGCAGGGGGUGAAAGCAGCAACAUUCUUCUGGCCUUGGGUGAUUCCACUGGAGAGAAGGAUUCUGACCAUGCUGAGUUGGCUGCACCUGCCUGAUGAUGAAAGGCCGUAUGUGUAUGCAGUUCACUCGGAGCAGCCUGACACGUUUGGCCACAGACUUGGGCCACUCAGCAGUGAGCUGGAUAACCCGCUCAGAGAUAUUGAUAACAUCAUCGGUCAGUUAAUGAACGGUCUGAAACAGAUGAACCUUCACCGCUGUGUAAAUGUCAUCAUAGUGGGUGAUCACGGAAUGGAGGAGGCCCACUGUGACCGUACAGAGUAUCUCAGCUCAUAUGGACUCAAUGUUAAUGAGUUUACACUCAUCCCAGGAUCGUCUGGGAGAUUACGUCCCAAAAACCAGAGCAUGUCAUAUGACCCAAAAGAGCUUGUAGCCAAUUUAACAUGUAAGAUGCCCAAUCAGCACUUUAAGGCCUAUCUGAAGCAGCACCUGCCCAAACGUCUUCACUAUGCCAACAACCGCAGGAUAGAGGAUGUCCACCUGCUCAUGGAGAGGAAGUGGCUCGUAGCCAUGAACCGGUUACCUGGCAGCUGUGGCUACUUCGGCGAUCACGGCUUUGAUAACAAAAUUAACAGCAUGCAGACCAUCUUUUUGGGAUAUGGACCGAGCUUCAAGUUUAGGACGGAAGUUCCUCCUUUUGAGAAUAUUGAGCUUUACAACGUAAUGUGUGAUCUCCUGGGCUUGACUCCUGCACCGAAUAAUGGCACACAUGGCAGUCUGAACGCCAUACUGAAAGACCCUCCUUACACGCCCAUACAGCCAGAGGAAGUGACAUCACCAAAACCUCUAGAACCUGCUACCAACUCGCCGACGUUCUACAACCUGGAUUGUAGCUGUGAUGAUGAGAAUAUGAUUGAAGAGCUCACUGAUGGAUAUUUCACAAAAGGAGCUGCUUCAUUAAACAAUGUGACGCACCUGCCGUUUGGCCGCCCUGCCGUUUUGUUCCAGACUUCGUACUCGUUACUGCAGCACUCAGACUACAUCAGCGCAUACAGUUACGAGCUGCACAUGCCCCUGUGGACGGCAUUCACUAUCACACCACAGAUAGAGAGCACUUUCCCACCCAUUCCAGGCUCAGAAUGUGUAAGAGCGGACGUCCGAAUUCCUCCCGAACACACCCUGAACUGUGACUCCACCAACCAGGAUCAAGAGAUCAUCCGUGGAUUUCUGUACCCAUCUGAUUUAUCCAUCACUCCUGAAUCCAGAUAUGAUGCUUCAUUGAUCACCAAUACAGUACCCAUGUAUCCUGCCUUUAAGAGAAUAUGGAGCUACCUGCAGAUGACAGUGUUGAAGCGUUAUAGUGAAGAGAGGAACAGCAUUAAUGUUGUGACUGGGCCCAUAUUUGACUAUGACUUUGAUGGACUCAGAGACACAGUGGAGAAGAUCAGAGAAAAUGCAGGCAGCUCUGCCCCAGUCCCUACUCAUUUGUAUGUGAUGAUAACAAGCUGUAAUGGAGAGAACACAACAGUGGAGGAAUGUGAUGAAUCCAUUUCCACGGUAUCCUUCAUCCUCCCCCAUCGACCAGAUAACUCAGAAACCUGCAAUAGUUCGGAGGAGCCGUCGCGCUGGGUGGAGGAGAUCCUGCACACUCACACGGCUCGCAUACGUGAUGUGGAACUGCUCACCGGACUAGAUUUCUACCGCUCCAUCAUGCUGCCCUGCACGAACACACUUGCGCUGAAAACGUAUCUGCACACAUUCGAGCAAAACAUCUAACACCUGGUGGAACAACAUCACUAAACCCCACAUCACCUCUCUUCCUGGAUCCGCUGAUGAUUAGGUGUAUAGUUUUUAUACAGUUUGUCAUAUUUAUUGUUCAUUAAAAAAAACAAUGAUGGUAAAAUGUUUCAAACAGUUCAACUUUAGGACUCACUAAAUAUAUCUGUUAUAGAGCUUGAAAUACGUUGCCUUAUGGUAUCUUUGUAUGUGCGUGUUGUAAGUUAACAAUUUGUUAGCAUAUGGAGAGGUUUUAUGUAGAGCACAGUGCUCUAGAUUACUGUGAUAAUAAUGUGAUUGCACAAGAACAUUCCCCUAGAGGUAACUCCCAACAAGGCAUUUUCAUCCUUCAGUCCUUUUCAUCACACUUUAUAAUAUUACUACAAUAAUGUAUUUGCGAAAUUAGCAUGUUUACAUAUUCUUAAAGGAGCAGUACUGCCAUCUGCUGGCUGCAAGGUGAAUCACAAUUGCAAAGAAAAAAAAAAUGACAAGCCCCCCCCCCCCACCAACAACUGACCCUACCAUCUUUGUUGAAACUAUGUAUGCCUUGUAAGUGGCUAAUCCAUAAUUAGCUAAUUUCCGGACCAGAAAAACGUAAAGAGGCGCCUUAAAUUAAAAGAAGCUAGUCAUAUCCAUUGCAUAACAUUAUUGCGAAUCAGUUUUUCUAAGGCAUUUUCUUUGAGAUGAUAUGAUUGCUAUGUGUAUAAAUAUAUUUUAGCGAUUCCAAACUGCCCCCUUAACUGAAGAGGAAACUGUGCAGCAUUGCAGUCAGAGCUUUAAAGCUCUUUAGCUUGGGUGGGGUCUAUACCACAAGUUUGUAUAAACAAUAUAUUCUGUAGCACCUGUAAAUGCUAAAGAUCCUGGUACAAUAGGCUUUCAAGAGAGCCUUUGUUGAGGUGCAUGAACAUAGGGUACAGAGAAAUCCAUAUCGCAGCUUGUUAGGAAUUUGGGCUCAGUGUACAGGGGUUCAGAGAGUGUUUAAGGCCUUACAGUGACAAGGGUCUGUGAUGGUGCCAAUUCUCUUGUAGUGAAACGCAAAGAUAACUAAUGCUACUUACUGGGUUACUACAUAUCCAUUCAGGAUUAUAUCAUCAAGCUAAAUUUAACCACUGGAAUGACUUUUACAUACACAAAUAUUGAGUAUUUAAGCUACGAGAUAAACAGUUACACUAUAUUUGUAAAGGCAUUCCUCAGUUGGAGUAACCAUGUUUUAAUACAGUCAUUAAAUUCACAUUCAAUGAAAAGAA